UCAGCCCCGCCGCCGCCGUGAGGGUGGCGGCCCGGCCCGGCGCGGUCUUGCCAUGAAGCUGCACUUCAGCAUCACCGCCGCUGAGGAGCUGCGGGAGAAGCUCGGGGGGCGCUACGUGCUGUAUUCGGUGUGUCUGGAGGGCUUCCUGCUCGGCAAAGUGCGGUACAGCCAGCUCCGCCGCUGGGACGCGCAGCUGAGGCAGCUUUUUGGGACUGCUGUGCCUGCUUUCCCUCCAAAGUUUUACCUGGCAAUGACCAAGUCGAUGGCAGAUGAGAGACGCUCUCAGCUGGAGCAGUACCUUCAGAAUGUUACUUUGGAUUCAAAUAUUACCAAUAGUGAUGUCUUCAUAGAGUUUUUCCGAAAGCUACAGCAGGAUACAUUUAAGAUCCGAACCCAGAGAGCUUUUUUGGAUGUUUACCUUGCUGAUGGCAGCAAUAUUAGACUUGAUAUCCAGACAUCGGACACUGCAGAAAGAAUAUUAGAGGUUACAUCAUGCAAGAUGGGGUUAUCAAGAGAAUUAAUAAAAUAUUUUAGCUUAUUUUUCUUUCAAGAUCAUGAUGAUGGAGUGCUCUCUGUGGUGAAAAAAGUGGCAGACUUUGAACUUCCUUAUGUGAGUCUCCAGAGCAUGAAAGAGUUGCACUGUAAGCUUGGGAUCAGAAAGUGGUAUAUGGAUCCUUCUCUUGAUAUACUGCUGAUGGAUUGUAGAAUUUCACUGAAUUUGCUAUAUAUGCAGGCAAUCCAGGAAGUUAAGAGGAAUUGGGUUAAACCAACAGAAGGGCAGAUGCAAGAACUCAAACUUCUACAAAAAAAUGCAAAUAAAGCAAAGUUUCUGGAGCUGAUUCGAGAAAUGCAGUUCUAUGGAUACAUACGACUUGAUCCUUGCAUUUGUGACUAUCCGGAAGAAGGCUGCUCAGCUGACAUCUAUAUCGGCAAUAAUGAGAUUAUCUGCUCCAUAAAACUGCCUACUAACCUAACCAAAGAGGUCAGCUUUAAAAUCAACAGGUUAAGAAGUUGGCAGGUUACUUUUCUUGCUGCUACAAAGGAUGAAGAUGACACUCUGGAGCUCAGAUUUGAGUACAAUGAUUCAGGCACAUGGCAGUGGAUAAUUUUGUACACAAAACAGGCCUUUCUGCUCAGUAGCUGCUUGAAGAAAAUGAUAUCUGAACAGAUGAUGAAGGCAGCCAAAGAAGGCCAAGAGAUGGAGAUCAAGAUGCCUGAAUCCACAAAAAAUAGUAAGAAAUCCAGCAUCCAACAAAAGCAGGUAGUUCAUUCAGGUUUUAUAUCAAGAAAAAGAUUUUUGGUUAUGCCAAAUGAAGACAACUGUGUAUUUGAGAAAAUAAGAGAAGAGGACCUGUGAUAAUUCAUUUUGAAAGACAGUAUUCUAAAUAAAUUGCCUGGGAACAAAAACUCCAUUGCUGAAACCUUGAAUUAUAAGGGGGGGGAAAAAAAUCUUCAAUGUAAUUCUUGGCCUUUGCAGUGUUCUUUAUAGUAUCUACAACUCUAGUAAACUAGUUUGAAUGGGUGCUGAGAAUCUGGAGACAUCUUGCAUACAUGCCUUUUUGGUUUUUUCCCCCUGACUGAAAUUGUUGGGGUGGAAAGGGGAGAAACUUAGAGUGCUAUGAUGUUAGAGGAAGAAAAAGUAUUUACAUAUCAGUUUGUUUCUGUGAGUAUUGGUGUAAUUAGCGUGAUGGCCGAGCAGGUUCUCGCCAUCCAGACCUUCUCUGGAAAAGGCCCAUAUUUCCUGUGGUCAUUCCCCUUACCAGGACCAGUCAUUCCUUUCGUGCAGAACAGGCCAUUAUGGUGCCCUUAGUGACCUCUGAGAUACCACCAGUGCUGAUUCAAAAGGUGACAUGUUGGGAGAAUGAAGGUAUUCAUGUGCUCUCUGGCAUGGCAGUGGGCUGGGCUAUUGGUUGAAUGCAUGUAACUGCAUCAGGAACUGGGCAGUCUUAUACGGAUGGCACUGGGAUAAGCUGGUACCUGAUGUAGUCAGAGAAAGGCAGACACACCAUUAACCAGCUCACUAAAUGAUCUGCUACUGCAAGAAGACUGCCUAAACCACCAUACUCCACACCAGGCUUGAAGGGUCUUUGAUUCUUCUUACUGUCC